GCACGCUUGUGCUCUGCUCGCCCGUGCAAAAAGCGUUCAGGUGCGCCGCGGACAGAGUGCGCGGGUGGGAGUGCUGGUGACGUAAUCCGCCGAAGUUUGCUCUGCCAUUGGUUCGGUUGUUUCGGAGAAACGGAGAGCGAGCCUAGGGGCAGAGAUCGGACCGCGGGCGCGGGGACGCGGAUGAGAGGCCGGGGCUCGGAAUUAGUGCCACAAAGGUGUUGUUAACUAAGGGAUCGUGAGGAAAGGACCGAGUCCUGGUAUUGGAGAGAUAGGCGUUGCUGAAAGAACGUGUGGGAGGUGUUAAAGGCUGUCACGCGUCUUAUUUUUUAACUUAAUUUUUUAACUCGAUUACUGUCCCCGGUCUACCUGAUGGAAUCCCAGCGGGAGACGCAGUUCCGCCGCGAAGAGAUCAACAGCACCGUAUGGGAAGUACCGGAGAAGUACACGUGCCUGAAGCAAAUUGGGACGGGGGCGUACGGUUCCGUAUGCUCGGCGAUCAAUGAGAAGACCAAGGAGAAGGUGGCCAUAAAGAAGCUGCACCGGCCGUUCCAGUCAGAGAUCUUUGCCAAGAGGGCGUACCGGGAGCUACGGCUGCUCAAACACAUGAAGCACGACAAUGUGAUCGGGCUGUUGGAUGUUUUCACCCCUGCCUCCAAGCUGGAAGACUUCCAGGACUUCUACCUGGUGAUGCCCUACAUGUACACAGACCUAUCGAAGGUGCGAGGGCUGCUCUCUGAGGACCGGGUGCAGUUUCUGGUCUACCAGAUGCUCUGCGGUCUGAAGUAUAUCCACAGUGCUGGGAUCAUUCACAGGGAUCUGAAGCCUGGUAACUUGGCCGUGAAUCAGGACUGUGAGCUGAAGAUCCUGGACUUUGGGCUGGCUCGGCACGCAGAACCGGAGAUGACGGGUUAUGUCGUGACCCGCUGGUACCGGGCCCCCGAGGUCAUUCUAAACUGGAUGCACUACACCCAGACCGUGGAUAUAUGGUCUGUUGGCUGCAUUAUGGGUGAGAUGAUCAAUGGGAAGACGCUGUUCAAAGGGAAAGACUACAUGGAUCAGCUGACUCAGAUAAUGAAGGUGACUGGAGUGCCGGGACCGGAGUUCAUUCACAAACUGGACAGCCAGGAGGCGCGGAGCUAUGUGCGCUCUCUCCCCCACUACCCCCGGAAGAACUUCGCCACCCUGUUUCCCAGGGCCAGCGCUCAGGCGGUUGACCUCCUGGAGAAAAUGCUGGUGCUGGACGUUGAGGCACGCCUUACAGCAGAGGCCGCCCUGGCGCACCCCUACUUCGAUGGCCUGCGGGACCCAGAAGAUACCCCUGAAGCGCUGCCCUACGACGAUAGCCAUGACAAUGCCACGCUGUCCCUGGAGGAGUGGAGGAGGUUAUCCUUUAAAGAGGUGAAGAGCUUUGUCCCGUUUCCACGGCGAGACUCCAAGAGGCGGAACACGUUGACAAUGUCAUAAAGAUGAUGACAUGUCAGACAUGAUCACUACACAAACACCAACACACGUCAGACAUGAUCAUGACACAAGCAACAACACAAAUCCUGAAUUAGAUGCAAAAGCAAUAUAACAAUACACAAUACAUGACAAACACACACACACACACACACACACACAUGCACGCACACACACACACACACACAUGCACGCACACACACACACACACACACUCUCACGUACCCUCUCACAACAUUCUGGAAGACACACUCAAGGACAUAUUUUCAAGGUCCUUCCCCUCUGCAUCUUCUGCUGCAGUGUCUUGGUCCUGGUGUUUUUGUUCCUCUGAAAAAAAUCCUCUGCAGAGGCUGGAUAGCUCUGGAGUAGGGGGGAGCCGAAUCUGUGCUUCAGUUCGGACCGCGGUGACCGCGCAGUGACACAUCGCUGGCCUCCUCUGAAGGCUUCGGCACACACACACACACACACACAGUGACUUUUUCAGUUAUCAGAAACAAAUGCACCAGUGUGGUUUGUGAACCCAGCUGAUCGGGUGUCUUGUUCAUUCUCUGCUGGGGUUUCAGUGUGUUGCUUUUAUGUUGCUUCCUUUUUUAUAUUAUGACAUAAUAUAGAGGUGCAUUUGGAGAGAAAGAGAGAGAGUAUAGCUAUGGAACUGAAUGUAUGUUUUUGCUGUAUGUAUGUAAAAUUGAUAGCGUGUUUUGAAAUUUUGGGAGAUUGUGAAAAUGAAUACAGUUGUCUGCAUUUCUGUGAACUCCCCUUGUUACGAUUCUAAUAUUAGUUGUGAAUGGUGCAAAGUGCUACUUUCACAAACAAGAACAGGAUUGUCAUUUAUUUCCCCCAGUUUUGAAAAAGUGCCCUUAGGUCCUGGUGAAAAGAUGGCAAUAGCAAAUAAUUUGCCUUUCUACUUCCUGUAUUUAUUCAACUUCUAAGAUAAGUUACAGGAAGCAAUCAAUGCAAUAUUUGUUCUGUGUCAUUUACAUGCUUGGAGAAACAUGGGAGAACACUGUUUGUUUUUUAAAUAAAACAAAUUG